AUGGUUCUUUCUGAAACGUUUGAGAAGAGAAGUAGAACGAGGAGAAAGAAAGAAAAAGGAGAAAGAAGAUUGCCCAAGAGUGUCUUAGGAUCUAGUUCAAAGAGGAAUACAACCAAUGAUGAAGAUGUGGAUUAUGCUAGUGAGGAACUUGAUAGUUUAGAUGCUGAUGAAAGUGACAUGGGUGUGAAAUCUUCCAAGCUAAAGUAUGACAAGUUCAGACCAGAGUUGCUUAACAAAGACUUUCAAUUCAAAUUAGGUAUGGAGUUCAAAUCUCUCUCUAAAUUUAAAGAUGCUAUUAGGGAGUGGUCUGUAUUAAAUGGUAGAGAGAUAAGUUUUGUUAAGAAUGAGAGUUAUAGGGUUAGGGUUGAGUGCAAGGGUAAAUGUGGCUUUUUGGCAUUAUGUAGUAAAGUGGGAGACAGUCACACUUAUCAGAUAAAGACUUGGGCGGGGACCCGCACAUGUGCAAGGGUAUUAAAUAACAAGUCUGCCAAUUCUAAGUGGGUCUCUAAGUUAGUGGUUGAAAAGAGGAAGUCACAAGGGAAAGUAAAGUUGUCUGAAAUUAUGGCUGAGCUUAGACAUAAAUAUUCAGUAGGCAUCACCAAAGGAAAAGCUUGGAGAGCAAAAGCAAUUGCUGAGGAAAUAAUUGAAGGUGAUGCAAAGGAACAGCAGAACAGCUUGUGGAGUUAUGCAGCUGAGUUGAGAAAACAUUGUGUUGGUAACACUGUCAAGAUAAACACUGAGAGACCACAUCCAACACUACCACCAAGAUUUGGGAGGUUUUAUUUCUGUUUGGAUGGCUGCAAGAAAGGGUUUACCAAUGGUUGUAGACCAUUUAUAGGUUCAGAUGGGUGUCAUCUCAAGACACAAUAUGGAGGUCAACUAUUAAUUGUUGUAGCAAGGGACCCAAAUGACCAAUAUUAUCCUUUGGCAUUUGGUGUGGUGGAGACUGAGACAAAGGAAAGUUGGAGAUGGUUUAUGCAAUUGCUGAUGGAAGACAUUGGAUCUGAGAGAAAGUAUGUUUUUAUAUCAGAUCAACAAAAGGGGCUUGUUAGUGUUUUUGAGGAGAUGUUUGAACAAAUUGAACAUAGGGUGUGCCUCAGACAUCUGUAUGCAAAUUUCAAGAAGAAAUUUGGUGGUGGAGCUGCCAUUAGGGACCUUUUAAUGGGGGCUGCCAAGGCCACAUACUUCCAGGCUUGGGAGAAGAAGAUGAAUGAGCUUAAGCAACUUGACAAGAAGGCAUGGGAUUGGUUGAUGGGAGUGCCAACAAAACUGUGGUGUAAGCAUUCUUUUUCAUUUUACCCUAAGUGCGAUGUUUUGAUGAAUAACUUGAGUGAAUCUUUCAAUAGUACCAUAUUACAAGCUAGGGAUAAACCAAUACUCACUAUGGUAGAAUGGAUAAGGAACUAUAUCAUGAAUAGGAUUGCUAAUAGUAUUGUGAAGCUUGAUAAGUGGAAGCAUAAUGUCAUGCCUAAUCCUAGGAAAAGGCUUGAUAAGGAAACUCAUUUUAGUGGAGAAUGGUUGCCUACACGGAGUAGUGGUGAUUUGUGGCAAGUUCAUCACCCAUAUAAUGGGUUGCAGUUUGUUGUUGACAUUGGGAAGAAAACUUGCACUUGUUGCUUUUGGGAUCUUGUAGGCAUACCUUGUAGACAUGAUGUUUCUGCCUUGCAAUAUCAGAAUUUAGAUCCUGAGAAGUAUGUUGAUCCUUGUUACAUGAGAGAUGCUUACAGGGCAUGUUAUGAAAACAAUGUUAGUCCAAUAAAUGGCAUGGACAUGUGGCCCACUGUGGAUGUUGAAAGUUUGUUGCCACCACAAUACAAGAAGGGACCUGGAAGGCCUAAGAAACUGAGGUUUAGAGAGUUGGAUGAGAGUGGAUCAAGGAUGAGGAGGGUAGGUGUAUCCUAUAGAUGCACAAGGUGUGACAAAUUAGGCCACAAUUCUAGGAAGUGUCAAGCUACUGAGCAACAUCCUAAUGCACUCAAGAGAAAGAGAAAGACACCAAGGACCAAAGUAUCAACAAAACCAGUACAACAGCCAGCUCCAACUUCUACUGAACAGGUUCAAGCUAGUGGAAAUAUGGAAGCUCAAACUGAGACAGCUCCAACUUCUACUGUGUAA